UUCCACUUUUGACCUUUAUUUUUCUCCCUGUGUGGUUGAAAGUUUGGUUGGUUGAAUCAAGUAUAUAUUUUUUUUUUGUAAGAUUCUAAUUAGAGUUUGAAGUUAGAUAUUUAACUUUAGGGUGUUCAACUGUUGGAGAUAAUGUUUUAAAUUAUGAUUCUGACCAAAGUCUGAAAUCUUAGGCCGCUUUAGGUUCAUAUACUUGUGAGUUGUGGUAUCUUCUAACUAGGGUGGAUUAGUGGUGUGAAAUAUUAUUCCAUAAGUGGUGUUAAUCACAAUAAAUUCUCGGGCUGUUAGUGUUUUGUAGUAGCAGAUGUCCUUCCGCAGUAUUGUUCGUGAUGUAAGGGAUGGAUUUGGAAGCCUAUCAAGGCGGAGUUUUGAGGUAAGGCUUCCUAGCCAUCACUGGGGCAGGUCAAAUAGUUCGGUCCAUGAGGCGCAGGAACGUCCGCCGGUAAUACAAAACAGCCGGUGGGCUGGCCUUCCGCCUGAGCUUCUUCAUGAUGUUAUUAGAAGAUUGGAAGAAAGUGAGAGUACAUGGCCGGCUCGUAAGAAUGUGGUUGCGUGUGCCGCUGUGUGCAAGUCCUGGAGAGAAAUGUGCAAAGAAAUUGUUACCAGUCUCGAGUCCUGUGGGAAGAUUACUUUCCCAGUCUCCCUGAAGCAGCCUGGUUCAAGGGAUGGAACCAUCCAGUGUUUCAUCAAGAGAGACAAAUCUAAUCUGACUUACCAUCUAUUCCUUUGUCUUAGUCCUGCAUUGCUAGUUGAAAAUGGAAAGUUUCUUCUUUCUGCAAAACGGACGAGAAGAACAACAUGCACUGAGUAUAUUAUAUCAAUGGAUGCGGAUAACAUAUCUAGAUCUAGUAGCACUUACAUUGGAAAACUGAGGUCAAAUUUUCUUGGCACCAAGUUCAUAAUUUAUGAUACACAGCCUCCCUAUAACAACUCUCAGCUGUCUCCUCCUGGCCGAAGCCGUAGGUUUAAUUCAAAAAAGGUUUCUCCAAAGGUCCCUAGUGGCAGCUACAAUAUUGCCCAGAUCACCUAUGAGCUGAAUGUCCUCGGUACUAGGGGCCCGCGCAGGAUGAACUGCACCAUGCACUCAAUCCCCAUAUCAUCCCUCGAGCCUGGCGGCACUGUUCCAGGCAAGCCAGAGCUCCUUCCCCGCUCCCUUGAAGAUUCCUUCCGAAGCAUAUCCUUUGCUAGGUCAAUCGACAACUCAACUGAGUUCAGCAGCUCUAGGUUCUCAGACAUAGUCAUGGCCGGCAGCGAAGAGGAGCAGGGAAAGGACAGGCCCUUGGUUCUCAAGAACAAAGCUCCAAGAUGGCAUGAGCAGCUGCAGUGUUGGUGCCUCAACUUUAGGGGGAGAGUGACUGUUGCCUCUGUCAAGAAUUUCCAGCUGAUUGCUUCAACGCAGCCUGCAGCUGGAGCCGGUGCUCCUGUGCCAUCAUCCCAGCCGGCGCAGUCCGAUCAUGACAAGAUCAUUCUUCAGUUUGGUAAGGUCGGCAAGGAUAUAUUUACUAUGGACUAUAGAUAUCCCCUAUCUGCAUUUCAGGCCUUUGCCAUUUGCUUGACUAGCUUUGACACAAAACUGGCUUGUGAAUAGUGACAAUGAGGUAUGGUACAAAAGACAAUAGGACUAUUCUAUCUCAAUUUAUGUAUUUACUGGGUGGUGAAGAUGCAUGGAGUCAUGGUACCCCACAUGGUUUAACUGUAAAGAACCGAACAAACAACCUGUGCUCAAUGUAAUUCUUCGUGCAUGUUUUUCCUCCUCUUAUGUUAGUCUGCAACAGAUUAUCUGUCAAACAGUUGUAAUAAGCUUCUUCCAAUGGUAGGCUCUUCUGAACCUUAAAACACAUUGUUAUGUUUUGGUACUUUAUUAUUUGAGGACAAUUAGCGAUCUUCUCUAUAUUGGUUAAAAUUGGAAUUAUAAAUUUUAUGAGUCGUACAUUGUAUU